AUGGAGCCGCGUUACUACAGGUCCUCCUCGCCGGGAAGCCGUCGCAUACACAAUCCUGGUCGAGCAACAACAGGCUCCUUCAGCUCUUAUGACACCUACCACGACCCCUACAGUAGGUCGCCACGGUCAAGCGGCGACCGCAUCGCACCCUCGUCCAACACCUCGAACUAUUCGACUGCGCCGAGCGCUGCCACGCGAGCCAGUGCGGGGUAUGAUGCAUACACUGGCAGGCCGCGUAGCUCCACACUCGAAAACUCACGGCGGCCAGCGAGCACCCUGGCUGCUGGCGUGCCAAUUCGCACCACUACUCACAACACCGUGGUGCACGCUCAUGAUCGACCCUCGAGUCCGCUGACUCGGGGCCACGAUAGCCGCGGCAGUGCGUAUACCGUUGCGACUGCCACCGCUCCCGUGGCGAGACCAUCAUCCAGACAAGGCCACAGCCAUGGACACAAGAAAUUCUACAGCAUCGAUGAUGGCAAGGCCGUAAGAGUCGACCCGCGCGAGGCAGACCUCCUCCGUCGCCACAACGGCAACGCCAGCAGCAACGGCCACAGUAGCAGCAACGGCCACAGCCGGUCAUCUUCGAAGACUUACCACACGACCACUCAGCGUUAUCCCGUGCAGGACACGGUUGACGAAGGCUAUUCGUACACGGAUGCUGCUGGCAUGUACCGAGAUACGGAGCCCAGCUGGCGUCCUCGCUCAGGGAGCGUGGAAAGCCGCACAAGGCGGCCGAUGAGCAUGGUUGAGCCCUAUGGUCCUCGUUCAUCGGCCCGCGAUCUUACUGGACCACCUGUUACCACUCGAGGCUUUGACAAGAUCAAUGGCGGUAUUGCAGCUGCAUCUGCGGUUGGCCGCAGUGGAAGUGUCAGAGAUUACGGCCAUGCGCGAGCCUCGUCACGCGAUCGAUCACACGAGAAAGCCGGUACUGGUGAUUCGUAUUAUCGCGAUGAAAGCUUGUACGCGCCGCCACCUCCGCGCUCAGCGUCUGUACGGGCAGCGCCGGCCCUUCAUCAAGACUUCAACGAUAGGCGAGAUGAUCGUCGCGAUGAUCGCCGCGAUGACCGCUAUGGCUACCGUGAUGAGCAUGAGGACCGAGACCGCCUUCGGACAACCCGGCGUUAUGAGGAUCCCGACGUUGAAGCGAGGGGCUUCGGCAUCAGAGCACCUAGUGUUGGUCGUCCAAGCAGUGUUGGUCCUGGGAACGAUCCUUACCACUCGACUCGCGAUGAGAUCCUCGACCGGCGAUAUGCACCACCGCCACCCCCUCCAUCCGUUCCGGUCUAUCCUCUCGACGCUGGAAUUUCUGUACCGAGUGCCCGCGAUUACAUUCCGGAUGCUCCACGCUCAGCACGGUUAGAGUCUGAGCGUCACGGCAGAGACUACAGGGACUUUGAGCGGGAUCGCGUCAGUGACCGGAAUGGCGAUCGCGAUUGGGAUCGACCAAAGGGCUAUGACCGGGAGCGCGACCGCGAAAGGGACCGUGAGGACCGCCGCGACGACCGCCGUGAGGACCGCCGCGAGGAUCGCCGCGACAGAGACACUCAUAUCCCAAGCGUUGUCCCAGCUGCUGCCGCCGCUGUCGGAGCCGCCUAUGGCGCUCAGCAUCUUGCAGAAAGUGCCGCGGUGCGUCACCAGCGGGAUCGUGAAAAGGAACACAGAAGCGAUUCCGAUGAUGAAAAGAAGCGGCGACGAGAACACAGGAGCGAUUCCGACGAGGAGAAAAAGCGGCGCUCUCGGAAGCCCCCAUCUGAUGAUGGCGAAGCCCCUCGCGAGCGACACUACGUCGACAAGGAUGAUGUCAAGGACCGAGAGGACCGUCGGCAGGCUCCUCCCAACAUCGAUCCAGAUGAAGAAUACCGACGCCGUCUCCAGCAGGAGAUGGAGCGCUCGGCUGGCUCAGCCCGCGACAGGGAUAGCGAGUCUGAUCGAGAGAAAGAGCGUCGUAGACGCGAUAGAGACCGGGGCGAAGCUCCUAGGGACCGCGCACCCGAUACUGCCGCUCGUGAUGUCUCUCGACCGGACCGUAAUGGAGACCUUGUACCGGACCAGAAGCCAGAUCGGAAUAGCGAACGCAGCAACAGUGUCUUUGGCGAACCCAUAGUGGAUGAGCCAACCUCGCUGUCCGUAUCGGAGGAGAAAGAGCGAGACAGCCGUGUCCGCAUUGUGUCGCCCCCGAAGUCCGAUAAAGACUCUCCACCUCCUCCAAGGGGUAUCUUGCGCAAGCCAACUGAAAAGUUUCCCGAGGACCCAAAUCCCAUCCGCGAGGGAGUCGCACCUAUGAAGGAUGCGAAAAAGGGAAAAGACAUCCCCGUUGACGCUCGUUGGACCAAAAUCGAUCGCCGGCUCGUCAAUCCCGAAGCACUGGAGGAGGCCAAGGAAAGGUUCGAAGAGAGGAAGGACUGCGUGAUUGUGCUUCGCGUCCUCACGCGCGAGGAUAUCCAGAAGCUUGCGGAUCGCACAAGAGAGAUCCGUGAAGCCAGAGGUAAUUACCCACCUGAUUCUGCUGCGCUUUAUUCGUCAUUUUUCGCGGACUCGAGGCAAUCUCUCGCACAUUCCUCGUCAGGGUCAUCGUCGGGCAGCGAUGCCCGAGGCAGAGGCCGAGAUGACGCACAUUCCUCUGAGCACAAGCACCACCGCAAGCAUCGCUCUCGCAGUCAUCGUCGGCAUGAGGAUGAGGAAGAAGACAAGCAUCAUCCUCAUCACCAUCACCAGCACCAGCACCAAGAUGCGGACCCCAUUUCUUCUGCUUUAUCCGAGGGUUCCGAGAAGUUGUCGAAGUCCAGAGCUUUGACCGGCAUUCUUGACACUGUUAUCGAUGUGCUAACGCGCCCCAAAGAAGAAGAAUACCAACGUGGAAGCGGUGAAGAUCGUGACCGCGACCGGGACCGCGAUCAUGAACGUGAACGCGAACGCGAUCGUGGCGAGCACCGCAGCAGCCACCGCUCCUCCCGACGCAAGCACAGAGACAGGGAGGACGACGAUUCACUCGAGAGUAACGAGGAAGAUGACGACACCAAGGAGAGACGCCGAGCUCCUCGCAUGAUCGAACCGUCGAGGGAGCCGCCUGAGGAUUUCCGCGAGAGGGACCGGGAGCGCCAGCGCGAGAAGGAAAGAGAAAGGGAAUUUUGGGUCGAUCCGUCGAGGCAGUGA